UAGUCUUCAUUGCAAAAAAUACUAAUGACCCUCUGCGUUGCAAUAUACUCCAGUGCAGUAGGUGGCAAUAUUUAACUACAUAUAGAUUCAAGUCAGCCGUUAAAGCUCUAGAAGAAGAAUCGAAUAAACGUAUCAGGUAAAAUGCUUCUAUAACAAUUAGCUACCGAUUACUCUUAUUUGUCCUUUAAUAUAACAUGACUGUGUUGUGUUCAUAGUAGCUACGGUUAAUACUUUUUUUUAUUUAGGGAUAAGGCGAGUACAGGUGCAAGUUUGGUUACUAGCUAGCAAGCUGCUAAUUUAGCUAGCUAACGUUACUUCCAACAAUCACAGCCACUUUUAGCAGGCAUUCAAUGUCAACUUUCACGAGGAGAUAUGGAACACCCAUGCACUAUUUUGGAGGAUUUGGAACGAUAUGUCGUGAAAGACGUAAGAAUAACUUUACCACCCCCUCUCAUGUACUUCUGUUAUCGUAAUGUUUGUCAGCUAGCUGAGGCUUAGUCAUGACUCUCCUUUACAUUACACAUAAGUCAUUGGACGAAGGCGUGUUCUGUAAUUUUGUUAAGAGGCCCGACGCUCAAUCUGAACAUUAACAUGCGUCGCUUGAGUUACGGUUUUUGGAAGCAUAAGCACCUUAUCUUUCAUAUCACCGAGAAAUAACAAUAAAAAACAUGUUUUAUUGAUACACACCUUGAUAGGGUUAGUGUUCCCACACGCCAUAUCUCCAUGUUACAGUACUUGUUUAAGGAUGACAAAAGGCAACCACCUGUGCUAAUUAGCUAUCUAUAAUGCUCGGAACUCCUGUGAUUAUAUUUUUAUUUCAUUGUAACAAACGUUUGCUAGCUAGAUACGAUGCUAAUAGAUUUAGCUAGUUGGCCAAUCUUUUUCUAGCUUGCAUCUGAUGCUAGCACAGAUGAAAGGGAAAACGUCAUCAUAAUCAUUGCUACUAACUAGUCUAGCUCUAGGUAGGCAUACGUUAUAUUAAAAGGUUAAAUGUGCAAUGAAUAUUAAUAUCUGACAAUGGAUAUUUACAUUUUUAGGCUCCACCAACGGUUUACUACAUUCCAGAUUUCAUAACAGAGGAUGAGGAGGCUCACCUAUUACAACAGGUAAUGGAAUACAAGGCGAGGGGGGUGACAGAUGCACUGCACAUGUAUAGGUAUAACACCAGCUAGACAUGACAUAAUGAAAUGCCUUUAUUCUAAUGCUGUUCCAGGUGUAUAAGGCACCAAAAACUAAAUGGACGCAGUUAUCUAACAGAAGGCUCCAGAACUGGGGUAUGUCAGUGAUUAAAACUGAAUGUGAGGUGCAUUUGUGAAUUGUGAAUGAUAUGACUGCUGGGUGAAAUGCUAUUCUAUGCCAUACUUAAUACAGGUGGGCUGCCUCGUCCGAAAGGGAUGCUUGGAGAGCAGCUUCCUGAUUGGCUCCUGAAGCACUGCGAGAGAAUCUCUGCUCUUGGUGCAUUUGCUGGGAAGACUGCCAAUCAUGUGCUGGUGAACGAAUACAAGCCAGGGGAGGGAAUAAUGGUACAGUCCUCACAUCAGGUUCAGUCAUUACCACUCUGUGAUAGUAACACCGAUAUUCUUGUGCACUUUUGUGUGUGAAAAGAAGUGUUCAAGACAUUCCAUUGUGUGUGGUACUUCUUUGCUUUUGUGUCAUUGUGUUAAUUUUGUAUAUGACCAGCACCUGGUAGAAGGUGGUGAUUUGGCUACUGCUUACUGUAGGGGGGGGGGGGGGGUGUUGUCACAGCCCCAUGAGGAUGGGCCUCUGUACCACCCCACAGUGACGACCAUCAGCCUGGGCUCCCACACAUUGCUGGACUUCUACAGGCCCAUCAACGCCCAGGAGGUGAGCUUCCCAACACAUCACUGUGUCUGCUCUCAUUAAUAAAUAUGUGAAAAAUAGAUGCCAACAUGUAAUAAUAAUGAUAAUAUUUAAUCUGUGGAGCGCAUUUCACAUGCUCAAUAUACAGAUACAGUGUAUGUGGAAAGUAUUCUAACCCCUUGACUUUUUCCAUAUUUUGUUACGUUACUGCCUUAUUCUAAAAUUGAUUAAAUAAAAAAAUCAGCUCAGGUGCAUCCUGUUUCCAUUGAUCAUCCUUGAGAUGUUUCUGCAACUUGAUUGGAGUCCACCUGUGGUAAAUUCAAUUGAUUGGACAUGAUUUGGAAAGGCACACACCUGUCUAUAUAAGGUCCCACAGUUGACAGUGCAUGUCAGAGCAAAAACCAAGCCAUGAGGUCGAAGGAAUUGUCCGUAGAGCUCAGAGACAGGAUUGUGUCGAGGCACAGAUCUGGGGAAGGGUACCAAAAAAUGUCUGCCGCAUUGAAGGUCCCCAAGAACACAGUGGCCUCCAUCAUUCUUAAAUGGAAGAAGUUUGGAACCACCAAGACUCUUCCUAGAUCUGGCCGCCCGGUCAAUCGGGGGAGAAGGGCCUUGGUCAGGGAGGUGACCAAGAACCCGAUGGUCACUCGGACAGAGUUCCUCUGUGGAGAUGGGAGAACCUUCCAGAAGGUCAACCGUCUCUGCAGCACUCCACCAAUCAGGCCUUCAUGUUAGAGUGGCCAGACGGAAGCCACUCCUCAGUAAAAGGCACAUGACAGCCCACUUGGAGUUUGCCAAAAGGCACCUAAAGGACUCUCAGACCAUGAGAAACAAGAAUCUCUGGGCUGAUGAAACCAAGAUUUAACUAUUUGGCCUGAAUGCCAAGCGUCACGUCUGGAGGAAACCUGGCACCAUCCCUACGGUGAAGCAUGGUGGUGGCAGCAUCAUGCUGUGGGGAUGUUUUUCAGCGGCAGGGACUGGGAGACUAGUUAGGAUCUAGGGAAGACCGGACUUGAACCUGAUCGAACAUCUCUGGAGAGACCUGAAAAUAGCUGUGCAGCAAUGCUCCCAAUCCAACCUGACAGCGCUUGAGAGGAUCUGCAGAGAAGAAUGGGAGAAACUCCCCAAAUACAGGUCUGCCAUGCUUGCAGCGUCAUACCCAAGAAGACUUGAGGCUGAAAUCGCUGCCAAAGGUGCUUCAACAAAGUACUGAGGAAAGGGUCUGAAUACUUAUGUAAAUGUGAUAUUUGAGUUAAUUUUUAAGAUUUUUGCAAAAAAAAUCAAAAACCUGUUUUUGCUUCGGCAUUACAUUUUACACUUACGUCAUUUAGCUGACGUUCUUAUCCAGAGCGACUUAGAAAUUGGUGCAUUCACCUUAUAGCCAGUGGGAUAACCACUUUACAAUAUGUUUUUGUUUUUUGGGGGUCGGGUGGGGUAAGGGGGGGUAGAAGGAUGAUGGGGUAUUGUGUGUAGAUUGAUGAGGGGGGGGGGGAACUAUUUAAUCCAUUUGAUAAUAAGGCUGUAACUUAACAAAAUGUGGAAAAAGUCAAGGGGUCUGAAUACUUUCCGAAUGCACUGUUUAUACAGACACUGUAGAUGACAUGCAGACUUAUACUAUUACAAGACAUUAGUAUUACUGGGUCGUUCCACAGUCAUUUUUUAAGAUUAUUUAUUUAAUGUGAUUAGUGAUUUCAUUUAUAUCUGUCCCUCAUUUUAAAGGUAGACUCAGCGAUAUGAUGUAGAUGCACAAGUAAACAGCAUAGUGGGUUAAUUUCCUCAACUAUUAAGAAUGUUGAAGCGCGAGGCUCAACUUCUCUGCUGUUUUGGUGCCGUGGUGAACCCGUGCACAUGCACAGAUACUGUGAGAGCAAAGUCUUGCAUCUCGCUUGUCUGCGGUGCUGCUCGUGGCAACGUCAUUUCGCUGAGUCUACCUUUAAGGUCAACCCUGUUACGUGAACUGAACUUUCGUUUUAAUAUGGUGAAACUUUUCCUUUUAAAAAUAUUUGUUCAAAAGAAAGUCAACAUAUAAUAGUCAAAUCAUAGAGUAAAAGCAGGUGAGCUGGUUCUACUCCUUUUGGUCAUUUUCUGGUGUUUUGUGUUGGAAAAUUGAGCGGGUCGAGCAUAGCACGUCAACCCUGUUACCUAACCAUAGAUAGACAGGCUAGAAAUGUUUUAACAAUUACAUUUUUUGGGGUGAAGCUCGCAUUAAAUUCCACUCCUUGUUGCACACCAAGAUUCCAUUCCCCAUGUCAUAAAGGGAUUUAUGGCUGAUUUUAAAAAUAAAUCGUCAACCAUGUUACUGUAUUUGGCACUCAAUAGGCACUUACUAUUACUUAUUUAUUUAACCUCUUAAAAUGGGAACUUGUUUUUAUGAAGUUGAACAUGUGCUCUUUAUGACAAUGUUAUAUUGAGGUGAAAUCAAAACAUUUUUUUGGACCAAGUUACUCUUCUUAAAAGGCACCGAAUUGCUGGAACUAGCCUACUAACGUCUUGUCACUCACUGCAUCCCCAGCUGGAUGAGAUGCCACAGACUGAGGAGAGCCGCUACCUCCUGUCUCUGCUGGUGCGGCCGCGGAGCCUCCUCAUCCUCCAGGACGACAUGUACCAGCGCCUCCUCCACGGCAUCCAGGGGACGCACCACGACUCCCUCACUGAAAGGGUGGCCAACCUGCUCGCUGCCGGGGUCCUGCCAGGGGCCACACUAACCCGAGGCACCAGGGUGUCCCUCACCGUGCGUCAUGUGCCCAAAGUCAUGAGGGCUAAUUUGCUCCUGGGCAGGAAAUGACAACCGAGGAAGUGACAUUUUGAGGACUCUGAGUUCUGUACUUGGGAAAGAAUUGACACCAUGAUACAGACUGACUUGAUUACGUCAUUCAUUGUCUCGAUCCUCUAUAAAACGUAUGAAUUAUAAUGCCAAGGAAAAGUCUAAAUUGGAUCCUUGGGAUGUCCCAACUCUUGACGUCGUUGGAAGGGUAGGGUUGUUGAGGUGAACGUAUUAUCGCCACACCGGCAGUCAUGAGUCAUGACUGCAGUAAAAUUUCAGGUGACAACGGUCACGGUAAUCUCCUCUUAUGCGCUCUGGACAUGCGUUGGUAGCAGGGCCUGAAAUGUCUAAUUCACUAGCCACGUCGGCGGGUGGUCAUAGUCAGGGCUCUACAGUGCAAGCAUUAUAUAAAAAUAGUCAAGUCAAGUAUGGGGACAAGUGCGAGUUGUGAUUUAUAGCAAAAUAAAUGCAAUUUUGUUUAAUAUCUGGUAAUGCACAAAGAAAUCUGAAUCCUAACAUUAUAGCUAUUCCACCUCGCGCCGCAACACUGCCUGUCUAG